AUGACACGCGCCAAAAAGCAAUCGACACCAGAAGAGGACAGGCUCUCAUCGCAAUUCUACAAGGAAGAAUCGUCCAAAGGUCGUAAAUCGACCGCUUGCAUUCCGUGGAGCCAGGCAAUGGUUCCUGAUUGCAUCCAAAUCCGUCCCAUUUUGAACAAACUGAGGAAUAUCAAGCAAGUCAAUAAGGAGAAGGCUGCCGAGGAUGAUGAAGCGUGGAAACUUUCUAGUAUGGAGGGUGAAGAGAUCGAUACGGUGCGCAAGGAAAACGUUUUCAGUGAAGAGGUGACCGAUGCCGAUAUGGAUAUUAUCCAAAAGCGUGUCGCCUUGCAACAACGCCAGUUUGCUGAAUUCGAGAAGCGAGACAAGGCACGCAAAUACCAAAAGAUCAAGGCAAUUUACGAUUACCUCACGUUUGAAGAAGUUGAUGAAAUGUUGAAUGAUUGCUCCAACGACGAGGAAGAAGUGAUUGUACGCUUGACACAGCCAGCUUAUUUGUUGCAAAUCCGCAAGACUGUCGCCACCAAGCAUGCUCCAGAAGUAGAAAGUCAACACAACAUGAUGACUCCCGAACAGCAAGCUGCUUAUCAACAACUUCUCAAGAAACGGUCCGAGACUUUGAGAAAAACAACCAAUGAUACGGCUAAAAGACAAUAUCGCAUGGGUGGUCGUUUGGCUUUGGAUGAUGCUGUGAAGCAGGUUCGAGACAACAAGGUGGAUCCAUCAAAGGCGUUUGAAGGAUGGUCGCAAGCACGUAUUCGAGCCUAUCAGAUGAUCGACCAAAAUCCCAACAGCUACUAUUAUCGCUUCAAUGCACCAGGCGAAGAACAACGCAAGGGUCAAUGGUCACCUGAGGAACGCAAGUUGUUCUACAAACGUCUUGAGGAAGUGGGUGCCAAUGGACAAUGGGGUAUCUUUGCUAUGAAAAUUCCUGGUCGUGUCGGCUAUCAAUGCUCCAACUUUUAUCGCUUGCUUGUGGAGACUGGCGAGAUCAAUGAUCCCAACUACGUUCUUGAUGAGAAGGGCAAAGCACAUUAUCUCUUCGACAAAAAGACAGCAAAUGGCCAAGUGGAAAAGACAUUCCGUACACACAGCAAACAUGGUACGGGUCGUGGUUCGGGUAUCCCAUCGUCUUCAGCAGUUGGCAGCACACGCUCUACACGUAGCCGAAAGUCACCAGCAGCUGAUAAGAAAGCAUCCAAAAAGAGAAAAAGACGCACUCGUGGAUGGGAUAGCGAUGAUGACGAUGAAUCUUCUGAUGGCUUUGAGGAUUAUAAUGACAACUCGGGUGCUUACACAUUACGGACAUCGCGUGUUACACGUGCUCGAGUGGCGGCAGGAGAAGUAAGAUCAACAAGGGCAUCAGCAUCAGCAACUGCGAGCAACGAUGAUGAUCAAGAUGAGCUUGAGGAGAGUGAGGAGGAAAUGGAUGAUAACCCUCUUCCCGGUUUCAUCGACCCUAUCACCUUGGAUGAAGUUGUCAAACCAGCAAUCUCGAAAUACGGUCAUGUUAUGGGAUACGAAAGCUGGGUACGCUGUCUCACGAAUUGGGAAGGCAAGAAGAACAUUUGUCCACUGACCAAGAACCCAUUGACGAAGCGAGAUUUGGUCAUCCUGACAUGGGAAAACAUUGACGAAUACAAGGACCAGAUCAUCAACAUGUAA